CAUGAGGGCGCGCUACAAGGGCCCGCAUUUUUGCCGACUUCUUUGUUUAUGUGAUGUGCUUUGUCUAGUGCUGUGAAACUGUGUUUUUUGUGAGGGCAGUCUACCGAAGAACAUGAGGCAUCGACUAUGCAAGCUGAAGUGGCCCGUGAAUGGGGGGCCAGUUCGGUAUCUGACCACAACCACGCAAUGUCACCAGGCGUCUGAAAAUGGACUUGAGUUUGAUGCUGCCAAGACUCGAACCUGCCCUGUCCACGGGCAGAGGUUCCGGUCCACUCACGCUGCACUGGACACCUCGGUGUUCGAGACCAUAUCCCCGGCUGUGAAAUCCUGGGAGGAGGUGCCGGGGCCAAAACCAUUGCCUCUACUGGGGAACACUUGGCGAUUCGCCCCGUAUAUUGGUAACUACUCCGUAGAACACAUUGAUAAGGUGUGCCUAUCGUUGCGAGAGCAGUACGGCAAGUGCGUGAAGGUAGCUGGCCUGUUAGGCCGGCCUGACAUGCUGUUUGUGUUCGACGCGGGAGAGGUGGAGAGAGUCUUCAGGGGAGAGGAUGCUGCCCCUCACAGACCAUCAAUGCCGUCUCUGAACUACUACAAACACGUCUUGAGGAAAGAUUUCUUUGGUGCCGAAGAGAAUUGCGCAGGCGUUAUAGCGGUACAUGGUGACUCCUGGUCAGCUUUCAGAACUAAAGUGUCCCGAGUGGCGCUGAGCACAGUGGCUGCAGCACAGUACACAGAACCUGUGGCACAGGUGGCAGAUGCCUUUAUCGAUAGAGUACGAAAAAUUAGAAACAAAAAUUUGGAAACUCCAGACGACUUUUUGAAUGAAAUUCACAAAUGGUCUCUAGAGUCUCUAAGCUUAAUAGCUCUUGACACAAGACUAGGCUGCUUCGAAGCUCGUUCUGGCUCGGAGAGUCAGCAGUUAAUAGAUGCUGUCAACACGUUCUUUCUGUGCGUGGGAGAGCUGGAGCUAAGAGCCCCGUGGUGGAGGAUAUACCCCACUGCUAUGUUUAGGAGAUACAUCGCUGCUUUGGACACCAUCCUCAGUGUAACUCUGAGACACGUGGAGAGGGCGCUGGAGGAGCUGAAGACCGCCACCAACAAGUCGCUACUGCAGGAUCUGGUCGCGGCCGCCGGGCCCAAGGUGGCUGCCGUGGCUGCUCUCGACAUGUUCCUUGUGGGAAUUGACACGACAUCCAAUGCGGUGGCUUCAACGUUAUACCAGCUGGCAUUAAGGCCGGAAGUCCAGGACAGAAUCCACGAGGAAGUCACCAAGGCUCUGCAGGGCAGGCCCAUGAAACCUGGAGACAUUAACCAGAUGCCUUACCUGAAGGCUUGUGUUAAAGAGGUUUUAAGAAUGUAUCCAGUUGUAAUUGGAAAUGGUCGGCAACUCACCAAAGAUACAGUUAUUUGUGGCUACAACAUACCAAAAGGCACCCAAGUGAUAUUCCAACACUACGUCAUGGGCAACAGCGACGAGAACUUCACCCGCGCGUCCGAUUUCAUGCCCGAGCGCUGGAUGCGGCGGACGCCUGGUCAGACGCACAGCGCCUUCGCGUCGCUGCCGUUCGGGUUUGGGAAGCGCAUGUGUCUCGGCAGGCGCUUCGCUGAGCUCGAGAUACAUACUAUUAUAUGCAAGAUGGUGCAAGCCUUCAAGAUGGAGUACCACCACGAGCCUCUGGAGUACCACAUUCACCCCAUGUACACACCCAACGGCCCGAUACGGUUGAAGCUGAUUGAACGAUAAAAUUAAUUACUCAUAACUUUAACAAUAUUAUGACCGCAGGUCAGAAUAGGUAGAGGGUUUGUGUUUUCAUAAUUAUUUAAAGCUCUUUGUAGCUUAGUCGCGGGUUUGAAUCCCGAUGGGGGAUGUUUUACUAUAAAAGCUCUACAUUAUUUAAUAUUUACUUAUCUAUCUAUUCCGAUGUAUGGUCGUAGGUACCUAUAAAAUAUAAUGUACAUCACAGACAUGAAUGAUUUCGUAGUGCCAGAGUGGUGUUAAAUUACCGAGUUCAGUGACUUGGUUAAUAUUUUUUUUUUCUUAAAAUGAGAUGUUGUUAAAUUUUAAUUACAAAAAAUUUAACGUGUGAAAAUCUUGUGUUUUUUUGGGAAAAUUCACUGAUUUCCGAUUAAGGAGUUAGUUUUUAUUUUACUAUUUGUUUUUGAAUCUAUGCCUCUACCAUUGUACUUUAGUAUAAUUAAUUAAUUAGUUGAAAUCUGUACCCCCAGUGAAAAGGGAUCUAACUCGACUUAGAUCAAAAUCGACUUUAUAACAUAAUGUGAAUCUCUGAAAAAUUAGCUAUUUUUGUAUCUAAUCGGUAUGUUUCUACGACGUAUAGAAAAGAAAAUAAUUUUGUGCCAAAUGAUACAAGUAAGGCUUUGUGAACUUUUCUUUCGUGUAUAUUGAUACAUGUCUACUUUUAACAAAGUGUACCGGAGGCUUCUUUCACUUUUUUGUUGUGUCAAGAGGUAUGACUCGUGUUACUACUUUUUACACGAUUGAAGUUGUGCAGAUUGAAUUUGUGAUUAACAAUAUAAGAUGACGUGUAAAAUGUUGUAAGUUACUUAGAUCAAAAACAUUUGAAAAUCGCAACUAAUAAUUUGGUUAAUUAUUUGGUGUAAAAUGAUACAACUUAGCCCAAACGUCAGAUUAAAGGAAAAAAUAAUGUCGUAGUUUAUAAAUCAAAGAACUUUAGUUAAUAGUUUUAAUAAAUCUACUAGUAAAACAUAUAAUUGAAUUCAUAGUGCCUAACGUUGUCAAUAAAAGUACUUAAUAAGUGCAUUAUCGAAUUUACAAGAGCUCCAACUAACAGAAAUCUUUAUAAACAAAACUCAUCACCUUUGACAACAAAUUGAACUGGGCGAGUCAUGUCGAGAACAAAAUAAAAAUGGCCUGUAUAGCAUUCCAUCAGUGCAAGAGACUCAUUGUAUGGCCCUCUUACACAUAUUAUUAUGGAUCACUUGUGUGGUGGCACAGAACACAACUAUCCACAGCAAGAUCAAAACUCCAAAACCUGCAACGCCUAGUAAGCAUAGCGGGCACUAGUUGUAUGAGAACCACUCCAUCGACAUCACUUGAGUACCUUCUGAAUCUUAGAUCUUUAGACCUCUUUAUUCAGGAGGAAGCGCAAGCAGCCGCCCUAAGACUUAAAGGUAAGAACGGCAUAUAAAAGCAAAACAAGGAGACAGGACAUUCCACGAUCCUGCACAAAACCCUAAUAAAAGAAAUACCUCUCACCGAGGCACCCAUCGACAGAAUUCCCUGUGUUCACAUCUUCGACUGGAGAUAUAAUAUCCAGCUUACAACGGAAACGCAAGAUUGCUCUGGAAUCAAUGAAGUUAGGAUAUACACUGACGGCUCCAAAACCCAAAAAGGUACGGGAGCUGGUGUCUUCUCGAAUUACCUAAAUAUACUAAGAAUAUCUACAACACUAGAUACACACAAUACAAUUUUCCAAGCAGAAUGCAAUCAGAGCAGCACAGGCGAUUGCAACCAUAGAUAUCCGAGGUCUGAAUAUAAAAAUAAUCUCAGAUAGUGCAAGCAAUACAAAGCAACUUAAUAUACUACAUUAUAAUACUUAUAUUGGAAUGCCAUGACGCGCUUCUAAGUUAUUGCAGACGCAAAUGGCGUUACCCUGCACUCCUGAAGUGGAUCAAAGGGCACAGUAACUCCUUGAGCAACGACGCAGCAGAUGAACUGGCCAGAAGGGGAUCGUACAGGACGGUAUUUGGUCCGGAACAAUUAUAAUGCCGAUACCAUAAGCACAGAUCAAGACCUGGCUGCGCUCCAAAAUAGAAAAAUAACACCUCACAGAAUGGAAAGAUUGUGAAAGAUGCAGGCAAACAAAAGAUGCAGAUAUAUCGAAAAAGUUUUCCCGCAGCCUCAUAAAACUAAACAUGGACAACAUCCGCAAGGUCCUAAGUGUAAUAACAGGUAUGUUAAACAAACACCUACACAAUAUAGCUGUUACAGACAGUCUACUGUGCAGAAGAUGCAUGGAGGCAGAAGAAAAACCGCAGCACGUGCACAAGGAGUGCACAAGCGUAGCAAUCAACAGGCUCAAAUUCUCCAAUCACCAGGGUUGCUGCAGAAGGCCUGUAGCGACCUAGAUAGGCUGCUGCUACCUGGAGGGAUCUGGAGCGGUUGGAAUAGGAAGAUAAACUACAAAUAGCGCACAAUGGUCUAAUCAAGAGGCUAAGUGCAAUAUUCGAUUGCCCUGAAAAACUAACUACGAAAGUCCUUAUGAAUGGAUACUAUGUAUAAAGUAAAUAAUUAUGUAAAUGGCAUGUGUUGCUGGACUUUAUCUGCUUAGUUCGCAAGUAUAACAUGUCUUGUUAAUUCAUGUCUCUAUUGAUUUAAGAAGAUUCCCGCCGUAGGCAGUUCGAUAUUUUCAAGUUAUUUAUGAUUUAAGAAUAGGCUGACAAGGGUGGCUAAAUUUAUGUCCCAAAAUAAUUGUAGGGUUCAAGUUAUACUAGGACGUGUUAAAGGGCUUUUUAAAAGCCUCUUUGUUGAAAACAAAUGCAUUUUAUGACUUUACUUUUAUAUUAUCCUUCUGUAGCCAAAAGGCAAUCAAUAUUGCUUGACAUCACCAUCUCUGGUCCAGGGUUUGAUUCUUAUUAGGGUAAUUGUAGAAAACAAACUUUUCUCUGUCUCCUGUCUAAUUAGUUGAUGUGAAACCAUUGUUGUUUCUGGUCUUUACUACACAAUUGCUUCAGCUAUACUUACUUUAAAAUAGGAGAUAAUGUAUGUGAUUUAGGCCGAUAUCAUUCAUGGUAUAUGGUGUAAUAAUUAAUAAAAUAGUAGUUUCAGAUCAGAAUAAACAUUUAAGGAGUAAAUAAUUAGAAUUCAGUCUCAAAUUCUAGCCUUAUUCCUUUACAGUCGCCACUUAUAUCACUUUACACAAAAUUAUUAGGAUACUUAGAUCGCUAUUAUGUAAGUUAGAUCAGUUUACACUUUUAUUUCUCACCACAAAAUUGGUGUUUAUUGAUAUAAGUAAUGUUUUUUGGACUAUUUACCCUAAAUGACCUGAAAUAAUGAUUCCUCAUAGUGUAAUUACUUAUGUUUGUUUUACAACUUUUUCUAAAAUUGAAGAAACAAAAAAAUAUCAACAGAAAUGGCGUAAAAUGUAUCACUUUACACUUGUUAGCGAGUGGUCAUUUCAGUGUGGUGUAAAAUGAUUUAUGUCCCAUUAUAUCACUUUACACGAAUGUAAAGUUGUCGUGCAUGGUGAUAUAACUAGGUUUUUAUUUAAUUACGAAAAAACCACAUGCUAUAUUUCCCAAACUGGCACACUGCCUAAUCAUAUCUAAUAUUACCUUUCACCUAAAAAAUAUUUCACCCAGUUAUCUCUAAUAGCGACGAAGCAGGAUUUUUUUUAACUUCAAAUGCGAUUUCCCAAAAAUCACCAUUUUCGACUUAGCUCCCUUUUCACUGGGGGUACAGAAAUAUAAGUUUUCUAAAAGUAUCUGAUUUAAUAUAUUUACAGUUUUUCAACUUGUACCUAAUUAGUUACUAAAAAUAAUUUUACUGUAACUACAUAUUUCAAUAAUAAUGUAAAAAUAGCGUUAAUACAGUCUUUGUACAAGAUAUCAUAUUUUGAGACAAGAACUGCAGACGUACCUAUCUUUAUUUUAAUGAAUAAGUAAAAUAUUUCUGUGUAAAAUUAUUUAAGAAAUAUUUUUACUUGUGUGAAUUA